CUCACUCCUGCCCCGAUCCGACGGAGGCCGCCGGCAGCCAGAAGAGAGCGGGGGCAGCGCGGGCUCCGCCAUGGCGAAGCAGUACGAUGCGGUGGAGUGUCCUUACUGCGACGAGGUCUCCAAGUACGAGAAGCUGGCCAAGAUCGGGCAGGGCACCUUCGGGGAAGUGUUCAAAGCAAAACAUCGUCAGACAGGCAAAAAAGUGGCACUGAAGAAAGUGUUAAUGGAGAAUGAAAAAGAAGGGUUCCCCAUCACGGCCCUACGGGAGAUCAAAAUCCUCCAGCUUCUUAAGCAUGAAAACGUGGUGAACCUCAUUGAAAUCUGCAGGACCAAAGCCUCUCCAUACAACCGUUGCAAGGGAAGCAUCUACCUGGUGUUUGAUUUCUGCGAGCAUGACCUGGCCGGCCUCCUCAGCAACGCGCACGUCAAGUUCACGCUGGCAGAGAUCAAGAAAGUCAUGCAGAUGCUCUUGAACGGCCUCUACUACAUCCACAGGAACAAGAUUUUGCACCGAGACAUGAAAGCUGCAAAUGUGCUCAUCACACGGGACGGCGUUCUGAAACUGGCUGAUUUUGGUCUGGCUCGAGCCUUCAGCCUGUCCAAGAACCAGCCCAACCGCUACACCAACCGGGUGGUGACUUUGUGGUAUCGGCCUCCGGAGCUCCUUCUGGGGGAACGGGAAUAUGGACCUCCCAUCGAUCUCUGGGGCGCAGGCUGCAUUAUGGCCGAGAUGUGGACCCGCAGCCCCAUCAUGCAGGGCAACACGGAGCAACACCAGUUAACUCUCAUCAGUCAGCUGUGUGGAUCCAUCACUCCCGAGGUGUGGACUAAUGUGGACAAAUACGAGCUUUACCUGAAGCUGGACUUGCCCAAGUUGCAAAAGCGCAAGGUGAAGGAACGCCUGAAAGCCUACGUCAAAGAUCAGUAUGCGUUGGAUCUGAUUGAUAAACUGCUGGUUUUGAGUCCUGCGCAAAGGAUAGACAGCGACGACGCCCUGAAUCACGACUUCUUCUGGUCUGACCCGAUGCCUUCCGACCUGAAGAACAUGCUCUCCACCCAUAACCAAUCCAUGUUUGAGUAUUUGGCUCCUCCCAGGAGAAGAGGCGGACACAUGCCGCAGCAGCCAGCCAAUCAGGGCAGGAAUCCAGCGGCGACCAAUCAGACAGAGUUUGAUAGAGUGUUUUGACUGCCAGUGAAUGGGACAGAGAAAGAGGAGACCCAAAUGUUGAUAUGAAGUACUCUGAUUUUUUUUUUUUAAAGUGGAAUGGCAGAACAGUGUGAGUUUUCAGCCACUUUCAGCUCUUGUGAAAAGGAAUUGCAGGUCCGUUUCUGAGCGGGACCGAGAUAGUUAAAUUGUCUGGACUUGUAUGUGUUUGUUUUUUUUAAAAAAAAAAUCACUGUUUUUGCCCAUCUCUGGGUGAUUAUAAGAAAUAUAGUUUUGCCACGCGUGUUGCUUUCCAGGGUAUGGAAAUGAUCUCAUUUAACUCUUAUAGAGCAGAGUAUCUUUUGUGGCCCAAAGGCUUAGUGGAUAGCCCUUGUCAGCUUUAGUUUUUUGCUCCUCCUGUUAUUGCCUGGAGUACGCUGCCUUGUGGUGUUGUAGAAUGUGACCUGCACGGGUUUCACUUCCAAGGGUGAGUGGGGCUUUGCUAUAGGGCUGCCCACUUUUUGCCAGCAAGCUCCAUCCAUCCGUAAGGAAGAUGUCUGGGCAUAUCGGUAGGCUGUGAUAACUUGAUGAAUUCUCCAGCCUUUGCUAAACAAGGGAGCUCUUCCUAAAUUGGCAGUGAUGGAAGGGUGGCAGAAAAGGAAAAGGGCCCCCUUCACCCCUUUAGGAUGUUUUGUUGUUUUGAGUCAUUGCAGGAAUGGCAUUUAAUCCUCUUGGAGUUGACUUUGCAGAGAGGGUUUUUUUUUUAAUUGCUAAACAAAACAACAAAAGAGAACGGCUUUGUUUUCUUGGCAGAAUCUGCAGGCAGGGGCACCCCACUUCCCAUAAUGAAGGCCCCUCAUGCAUUUUCCUUAAGGCUUCAGCACGUUCCCAAUCCUGCCCUACUAGGAGCGACUGUUCUCUUCUGUGCCCCACCAGGUGGGUCUGAAAUGCUGUUUCUCCUUUGGUGAAACCAGGACAUUUGGGCGUGCAAGUUACCCAUGUUGAACCUCAUGUUUUAUUGAAAUAGCUCUCAAUUAAAAAAAAGUGCUUAAAUGGUAAUUUAAGUGUGCUUGCUUUUGUAUCUCAUGCAGUCUGAAAAUGUAUUGAUUGGAUUAACAGAUUGCGGCAUUUGUGUUGAUCUGGAGGAGGGAAGUCUCGUUUCUCAGGGUUAAAGAAGGCAGCCUGUACAGCCUUAGCCUCGAGAGGAAAGAGGAGGGGUGUUCAGCAAUAUUUGAACCACUCGGGUCUCGGUCCUGCAACACCAAGUUAAUCCUCGGAGCUGGUGUUGCAUCAGGGCAAAUUGCUGUGACUAGGAGGUCAAGCAAAAUUACAGACAAAACCAAUUUUGCUUGUGCUUGCACCGGGGUGGUCCCUAUUUUUGCUUUCUGUUCGUGACUAGGAGGUCACCAGUUCAAAUCUCAUCUGGGCCCCAUGCUCAGUAGAUGGCCUUAGGCAAGCCACUCUCGCUUGCCUUCAGUCCCCCGUCUGUACGAGGGGGAUAACGGCUUGCAUGACAGGGCUGUUGUGAACAAUGCAAAAGUGUUAUACAGGUGCAAAAUAGUAAAAGAGUCCAGUAGCAUCUUUAAGACUUGCCAACUUUAUUUUAGCAUAAGCUUUCGAGAACCACAGCUCUUUUCAUCAGAUGAGCUCUGACGAAGAGAACCGUUCUUGAAAACUUAUGCUACAGUAGAUUAGUCUUAAAGGUACUACUGGACUCUUUAAUAUUUUGCAACUACAGACUAACACGGCUAACUCCCCUGGAUCUAUACGGAUGCAAAAUAUCUUGAUUUUUUCCCCCAUCCCUCCCUUCAAGGGGCUUGGGGCAUUGGGCAUAAUUCUCCCCUCCUCAAUUUUAUCCUCACAGCAGCCCUUUGAGGUAGGUGAGGCCGGCGAGUGCCAAGCACAAGGUCACCCCGCACGCCUCAUAGCUGAAAGGGGAUGUAUAUCAGGGUAGUCUCUAUCUCCUGUACACUACCCACUAUACCACACUGUCUAUCUAUAAGUCCUGAUCUGGAGUUCUUCAUCUUAAGUGCUGACUCACACAGGUGAAUGUGCUUCGUUGUGGAUCAUGCGUGGAAGUAGAUGGGGAACCUGCUCCUUCAGGGAUGCUGGAAUUCCAGGGAAUGCAAAGGCUCUAAAACUUGUAUCCCUCAGCUUGCAAUAUCUGUGGAAUCAUCAUAUAAUAAACUUCCUCUAAUCACUGUU